GGGACUACCAUCGUAACGGCGCCAAGGCAAGGCUGCGGCCUUCUUACGGUGAUGUCAGUCUUGAGCCGAGAACCAUCUCAUCGUCUCCCAAUUCCACUCUAUCACAGAAGCGACACUGAUACACUGACCACUCACCUCUCUAUCCUAGGCCUAUUCAGGUUGACUUUUAAUUCUUCGUACCGUUGUUCAAGAUUGACUCGUCCCAAAAUACUGUGGUAGCACACCUUCAUCGACAAUCUGGCCGCCUUCGCCCUACAACACGCUCUUCGACGGCUGGAAGAAGAGCGACAGGCACGAUCAGGAACCAUGGGCGACCUGCAAUUCGCGAAACAAUUCCUGACGACGUUGGAUAAUAAGCCCAACAAAUAUCCAUCUGAUUAUGCCUUCGACCCCCAGACGUUUCAGAUGAGGAUACCCUACACGCUCCCCAAGCUUUCACAUCCGCCACAUCCCCUUCCCCCAAAGACGGCACCCUCGGCACCGGCUCCAGGUUCCGAAUCUGCGGCCCCCACGGUGACGGUCAUCUUGAAAUCCGCACGAAAUCCUAAUAUGACACUCGUGGUACCCUCGGUAGACCCGACGACCACGACCAUCCAUGCGCUGAAAGAGCAAAUACAGUCCUAUCUGGGAGGCCCUACCGUUGUGCAUCUGGACAAAAUCAAGGUGUUGUGGAACAAGAAACCGGUGCCGCCGUCCAAGAGGACUGUUGCAGAAGCAUUGGACCAGAAAACGGUGGAAGGGGAUGUCGAGUUUGGUGUCAUGGUCAUGGGUGGUGCUCCCGAUCCUCCACCCCAGGCUCCUGUGUCGAUAUCUGAGCCUGAAAUAGCUGCUGCUCCAUUGUCAGAGAAGGCUGCGGUCGAGGCAGAACGCAACAAGCCAGAGCCCACCGCCAUGGAGGGUGUGGAAAGCUCUUCAACGACCACGUCCGCAGUAGUCCAGCCUGGAGAGGUCAGUGGACAGGAUGUACUGCGGACGACGGAGUUUUGGGUUGACUUGCAAGGGUUUCUGGAGCAAAGGGUACGUGAUCAGGCCGAGGCUGCCAGACUGAGGGAGCUGUUUGAGCGAGCAUGGAGAAGUGCGACCUCAGCACCCUGACGCUGGCGUCGGUGCAAUGAGGGCAAGGGACGGUCAUGCGAAUCGAUCAGUUUCUCAACACCGGGUGGGUACUUAAUAUGGAGUGUGGUCUUAUGCAAUUUUGUUCCAAGACGAGGCCUGAAACUCUACUGUGCCCAGCUUCAGGUGCGAGCAUGUCAACUCAUACCUCAGCUACUAAUCGCGACGAAUACUGGAGUAAGGCGGCACGACAAAGCUUUCCUUCUCCCCCAGCGCCCAUCCUUGUACACUGAUCAUUCUCAUUCUGUCUUAUGUUUCCAACACAUCACAUGGUUCUCAGUAUGAGUUUUUGCUUUUUGCUUGGCCUUUUGAACUUCACCAUAGAGCGCGCCGGCGCAGUAAAGGCAAUGAGGUUUCAUUUUUGUAGUUGCACAUAUUAUUGCACAUAUUAAGACAUGAGGUUGUGAUAGUACAUGUAUGUAGUACCUCUAUAUAGAUCUCUAGGGGCAGCAGCCUCGUCGUGCAGCGCGUUUACUACCUACAAUGUAGGUAUGUAGUCUUCUUGCUGCGCCGUAUUACUAUCACGUGACUGCGAUAACGUUUCAAUUGAGCCUUUGCGAUUGGCCUUCGUCCUUGAGCUUCAGUAACCUCAUCCACAA